AUGGGUGGAGGCGAACAUAAAGAGGCAGUCUUGGUGACUUUGCCUAUGCAGGAGCCGCAUGAUGCUAUCGAGCGAUUGCAGAAGAAGUUCCCUCAUCUCAAGAUAACAUACCGAAACGUGUCAUGGACGAAGGAUCGUGCUCAACUUGAGAAGGAGGUAGACAAAGAGCUAUGGAAGGAAGCCACAGUACUGUUGACUUUAUCUGCUCUGCCACCGAAACCAUCAGAUGCACCUCUACUCGAUUUUAUCCAACUCUUCUCUGCCGGGUCCAACCAGCUUGCGAGUCACCCUAUCUACACUGACACCGACAUUCCUAUCGCCACUGCAUCCGGUGUCCAUGGCCCGCAGAUUGCCGAGUGGGUGAUCAUGACCCACCUCAUUCACACCCACAAGUACAACCAACUUUACGACGCACAGAAGCAGCAUAAAUGGGGCUCUAAGGAUGGUUCGUACCGCGUCAGUGACUCUGUUGGCAUGAGAGUCGGUGUUCUCGGAUAUGGAAGUAUUGGUCGUCAAGUCGGCAGGGUGGCCAAGGCAAUGGGCAUGGAUGUCAUCGCAUUCACAGCAUCUCCAAAGGACACCCCAGAGAAGAAAAAAGAUGUCGGCUACAUCGUCCCUGGAACCGGUGAUCCGGACGGCGAGAUCCCCUCUGCCUGGUACUCCGGUCUAGACAAGGAGUCUCUGCACAACUUCCUCAAGCAAGAUAUCGACUUGCUGCUAAUUUCCGUGCCGCUCACCAAGGAGACAACUCAUUUCCUAUCCACCGAGGAAUUCAAGGUCCUCAGCCAAAAUGGCAAGAGACCUGCAUACGUGACCAACAUCGCCAGAGGACCUAUAAUCGACCAACCUGCACUCAUUGAAGCCCUCAAGGAUGAUACUCUUGCUGGAGCUUCCCUUGAUGUCACUGAUCCUGAGCCCUUGCCUUCGGACAACGAGCUUUGGGAUCUGGAAAACGUGAUCGUUACUCCUCACAUCAGCGGCAACGGUGCAGCAUAUGUAGACCGCGCUUUCCAGAUCCUUGAACUGCAGCUAGAGCACAAGCAAAAGGGAGAAAAGUACAUCAAUGUGGUCAACAGGAAGAGAGGAUAUUAG